CAUCCUCAGGAAAGUAUUUAAGCCCAGCCCGGCUUCUAGCCUCUAAUCCGUCGAAGUUCGAAGACAAACUCCCAUGGCGUCGGUCGCCGCCUCCAAGGGAGCGCUGCUUGCCGACGACGUCCCGUGGAGGGCCUCCCCUGCCGGCUUGAAGCCCGUCCCCAGAAUCCACCAGAACCCCGUCCUCCGCCUCCCGCAGAACCCUAACACCUCCUACGCCCUCGCCGUCAUGAAGCGCCCCGAUCCAAUUGGCGAAGGGGUCGCGAUGGAGGCGAAGCUGGAGGCGGCGGGGCCCGACUGCAUCGUUCCCGGGCUGGCUACUCCUGUGAAGUUGCUCGGAUUGAAGGUCUGGCCUAUUGAAAUUAACUUCAAAUUUAUGGAACCUGUUGGACGAGAACUGCAGAACAUUGGAAAGUACUCUCGAGUCAUGCAAGUGAUGUUGGUGGUCCAAUCCCGAGAGUUUGGACAGAUGUAAGUCAAGUGACUCGUAACUCUUAUAUAUUUGCUUCCUACUUUCAAGAAUUGGCUUCAGUUAAUAGGGAGAAAAGGAAAUUCAAAUCACCCCUCAAAAAUUGAUUUUGAAAAGUGGUCCUAUUCGGACCUUUUUGACUUAUUUAGCCAUUGUUGGUGGCUUGUUGCGGACUAAUGCAUUUCUAUCACUUCUGUGAGAUAAUUCUUCUCAUGCUGUACUUUGAAACUUGCUUCCCCUGAAGUUCACUUCAGAUAUUUAUGCAUAUUCAACCAAAUUGGCCCCUCCAUGCAACCAUAGUCUAAAUAUUUUCCCAUUUGAACAUGAGAAUAAGAUUUCAGGUUUCGCCUGGUUGAUAUGUACCUCGCAUUACUAAGUGAAUGACACCAUUGGCUAAAGUAGAGGGGCCGCAUUUUUUCUGUGUUUCUUCAAGUUUUCACAAUAAUAACCUACCUUUCUCUCAUAGCAAUAUCCUGCUGCAUUAGAUAUU